GGACAUAGGAUGACCCCAGCCUGUCCCCUCUUACUAUCUGUGAUUCUGUCCCUGCGCCUGGCCGCCGCCUUCGACCCCGCCCCCAGCGCCUGCUCCGCCCUGGCCUCGGGCGUGCUCUACGGGGCCUUCUCACUGCAGGACCUCUUUCCCACCAUCGCCUCUGGCUGCUCCUGGACCCUGGAGAACCCUGACCCCACCAAGUACUCCCUCUACCUGCGCUUCAAUCGCCAGGAGCAGGUGUGCACACACUUUGCCCCCCGUCUGCUGCCCCUGGACCACUACCUGGUCAACUUUACCUGCCUGCGGCCUAGCCCGGAGGAGGCGGUGGCCCAGGUGGAGGCAGAGGCGGGGCGGCCAGAGGAGGAGGAGGAGGCCGCAGCAGGGCUGGAACUGUGCGGUGGCUCGGGCCCCUUUACCUUCCUGCACUUCGACAAGAACUUCGUGCAGCUGUGCCUGUCGGCAGAGCCCUCGGAGGCCCCGCGCCUGCUGGCGCCUGCCGCCCUGGCCUUCCGCUUCGUCGAGGUCUUGCUCAUCAACAACAACAACUCCAGCCAGUUCACCUGUGGUGUGCUCUGCCGCUGGAGUGAGGAGUGCGGCCGCGCUGCCGGCCGGGCCUGUGGCUUCGCCCAGCCGGGCUGCAGCUGCCCCGGGGAGGCGGGGGCCGGUCCCGCCACCACUACCACGCCUCCAGGCCCUCCGGCUGCCCACACUCUGUCCAAUGCCCUGGUGCCUGGGGGCCCGGCCCCACCCGCUGAGGCCGAUUUGCAUUCAGGGAGCAGCAAUGACCUGUUCACCACCGAGAUGAGAUAUGGUGAGGAGCCGGAAGAGGAACCGAAGGUGAAAACCCAGUGGCCAAGGUCUGCAGAUGAGCCUGGGCUAUACAUGGCGCAGACAGGCGACCCGGCGGCUGAGGAGUGGUCCCCGUGGAGCGUGUGUUCUCUGACGUGUGGGCAGGGUCUGCAGGUGCGGACCCGCUCCUGCGUGUCCUCCCCCUAUGGGACCCUGUGCAGCGGGCCCCUGCGGGAGACCCGGCCCUGCAACAAUUCAGCCACCUGCCCAGUGCACGGCGUGUGGGAGGAAUGGGGGUCCUGGAGCCUGUGCUCCCGCAGCUGCGGGCGGGGGUCCCGGAGCCGGAUGCGGACCUGCGUGCCCCCCCAGCACGGCGGCAAGGCCUGCGAGGGUCCCGAGCUGCAGACUAAGCUCUGCAGUAUGGCCGCCUGCCCGGUGGAAGGCCAGUGGCUAGAGUGGGGUCCCUGGGGCCCGUGCUCCACAUCUUGUGCCAACGGGACCCAGCAACGCAGCCGGAAGUGCAGUGUGGCGGGCCCAGCCUGGGCCACAUGUACGGGGGCCCUCACAGACACCCGCGAGUGCAGCAACCUCGAGUGCCCGGCCGCAGAUGGCAAGUGGGGGCCGUGGAACGCGUGGAGCCUGUGCUCCAAGACGUGUGACACAGGCUGGCAGCGCCGCUUCCGCAUGUGCCAGGCCACGGGCGCACAGGGCUACCCCUGCGAGGGCACCGGAGAGGAGGUGAAGCCUUGCAGUGAGAAGAGGUGUCCAGCCUUCCACGAGAUGUGCAGGGACGAGUAUGUGAUGCUGAUGACGUGGAAGAAAGCAGCUGCUGGCGAGAUCAUCUACAACAAGUGCCCCCCCAAUGCCUCAGGGUCUGCCAGCCGCCGCUGUCUCCUCAGUGCCCAGGGCGUGGCCUACUGGGGUCUGCCCAGCUUUGCCCGCUGCAUCUCCCACGAGUACCGCUACCUGUACCUGUCCCUUCGGGAGCACCUGGCCAAAGGGCAGCGCAUGCUGGCAGGGGAGGGCAUGUCCCAAGUGGUGCGCAGCCUGCAGGAGCUGCUGGCCCGGCGCACUUACUACAGUGGGGACCUGCUCUUCUCCGUGGACAUUCUAAGGAAUGUCACUGACACCUUCAAGAGGGCCACCUAUGUGCCCUCGGCGGACGACGUGCAGCGCUUCUUCCAGGUGGUGAGCUUCAUGGUGGAUGCAGAGAACAAGGAAAAGUGGGAUGAUGCUCAGCAGGUAUCCCCUGGCUCUGUGCACCUGCUGCGUGUUGUGGAGGACUUCAUUCACCUGGUGGGCGAUGCCCUCAAGGCCUUCCAGAGCUCUCUGAUUGUCACAGACAACCUGGUGAUCAGCAUUCAGCGCGAACCGGUCUCGGCCGUGUCCAGUGACAUCACGUUCCCCAUGCGUGGCCGCAGGGGCAUGAAGGACUGGGUGCGGCACUCGGAGGACCGCCUCUUCCUACCCAAGGAGGUGCUCAGCCUCUCCUCCCCGGGGAAGCCAGCUGCCUCCGGCCCAGUGGGUAGCCCUGGCAGGGGGAGGGGCCCAGGAACCGUGCCCCCUGGCCCCGGCCACUCCCACCAGCGCCUCCUGCCGGCAGACCCCGAGGAGUCGUCCUCCUACUUUGUGAUUGGUGCUGUGCUCUACCGCACGCUGGGCCUCAUCCUGCCGCCCCCCAGACCCCCGCUGGCCGUCACAUCCAGGGUGAUGACAGUGACUGUGCGGCCCCCCACCCAGCCACCAGCUGAGCCCCUUAUCACAGUGGAGCUCUCCUACAUCAUCAACGGCACCACUGAUCCCCACUGCGCCAGCUGGGACUACUCCAGAGCAGAUGCCAGCUCAGGGGACUGGGACACCGAGAGCUGCCAGACGCUAGAGACACAGGCGGCGCACACUCGCUGCCAGUGCCAGCACCUGUCCACCUUUGCUGUGCUGGCCCAGCCGCCCAAGGACCUGACCCUGGAGCUGGCAGGCUCCCCCUCGGUCCCCCUUGUGAUCGGCUGUGCCGUGUCCUGCAUGGCGCUGCUCACCCUCCUCGCCAUCUACGCCGCGUUCUGGAGAUUCAUAAAAUCCGAGCGCUCCAUCAUCUUGUUGAACUUCUGCCUGUCCAUCCUGGCGUCCAAUGUCCUGAUCCUCGUGGGCCAGUCACGGGUGCUGAGCAAGGGUGUAUGCACCAUGACUGCCGCCUUCUUGCACUUCUUCUUCCUCUCCUCCUUUUGCUGGGUGCUCACGGAGGCCUGGCAGUCCUACCUGGCUGUCAUCGGACGGAUGCGUACCCGCCUCGUUCGCAAGCGCUUCCUCUGCCUGGGCUGGGGUCUGCCGGCCCUGGUGGUGGCAGUGUCUGUCGGCUUUACCCGCACCAAAGGAUACGGUACAUCCAGCUACUGCUGGCUCUCCCUGGAGGGCGGCCUCCUCUAUGCCUUUGUGGGCCCUGCAGCUGUCAUUGUCCUGGUGAAUAUGCUCAUCGGGAUCAUCGUUUUCAACAAGCUCAUGGCACGUGAUGGCAUCUCGGACAAGUCCAAGAAGCAGAGGGCCGGGGCCUCACUCUGGAGCUCCUGCGUCGUGCUGCCCCUGCUGGCGCUCACCUGGAUGUCGGCCGUCCUGGCCAUGACGGACCGGCGCUCCGUGCUCUUCCAGGCCCUCUUUGCCGUCUUCAACUCGGCGCAGGGCUUUGUCAUCACCGCCGUGCACUGCUUCCUGCGCCGAGAGGUCCAGGAUGUGGUGAAGUGCCAGAUGGGUGUGUGCCGGGCCGAUGAGAGUGAAGACUCCCCUGACUCCUGUAAGAACGGGCAGCUGCAGAUCCUGUCAGACUUUGAAAAGGAUGUGGAUCUGGCUUGUCAGACAGUUCUGUUCAAGGAGGUCAACACUUGCAACCCAUCUACCAUCACGGGCACACUGUCCCGCCUGUCCCUGGACGAGGACGAGGAGCCCAAGUCCUGCCUUGUGGGUCCCGAGGGCGGCCUCAGCUUCUCACCACUGCCCGGGAAUAUCCUGGUGCCCAUGGCGGCCUCACCAGGGCUGGGGGAGCCACCGCCCCCCCAGGAGGCCAACCCCGUGUACAUGUGUGGGGAAGGCGGCCUGCGGCAGCUGGACCUCACGUGGCUUCGGCCCGAGCCGGGCUCCGAGGGGGACUACAUGGUGCUGCCCCGGCGGACUCUGAGCCUGCAGCCCGGCAGCGGGGGCGGGGCUGGCGAAGAGCCCCCAAGGGCCCGGCCCGAGGGCACCCCUCGGCGGGCUGCCAAGACACUGGCCCACCCUGAAGGCUACCCCAGCUUCCUGUCUGUGGACCACUCGGGCCUGGGGCUGGGCCCUGCCUAUGGGUCUCUGCAGAACCCCUACGGGAUGACCUUCCAGCCGCCCCCACCGACGCCCAGUGCCCGCCAAGUAUCUGAGCCGGGGGAACGCAGCCGGACCAUGCCCCGUACUGUGCCGGGCUCCACCAUGAAGCUGGGCUCCCUGGAGCGAAAGAAGUUACGAUAUUCAGACCUGGACUUUGAGAAGGUGAUGCACACCCGGAAGCGGCACUCGGAACUCUACCACGAGCUCAACCAGAAAUUCCACACUUUUGACCGCUACCAUAGCCAGUCCACAGCCAAGGAGAAGCCCAGCCCUGGGGAGCAUCCUGGCUUGUCCCAACAGCGGAGACACCAGAGCUGGAGCACCUUCAAGUCUAUGACGUUGGGCUCGCUGCCCCCCAAGCCCCGAGAACGGCUGGGCCUGCACCGAGCAGCCGCCUGGGAGCCCACAGAGCCACCUGAUGGUGACUUCCAGACAGAGGUGUGAGUGCCACACCGGACUGCCCACUGCAUAUAAAUAUAUAUAUCUCUCUAUUUUCACACUCCACUUUGGAACCACCCAGGAGCCGGCGCCCCCUCCCCUCUCCCGAGGGCUGGGCAGGGAGGCGCAGUGGACUCAGCCGGGCUGGGGGAGCCAGACACGGCAUGGCCUGGGGGGCCAGGGCCCUUCCCUGUUUCUCAGAGGCCCCCCAUCUUCACCCCAGCUAUCUGUCCCUGUCCCGGGCUGGGGAGGGGGGAGGGAAACUUUG